AUGGGUUCGACGGCAAAGACGGACGUCCAGAUCAUGAGUCUGGAGACAGGCUCAUGGGACACGGAAAACGAAGAGAAAGCCCGUCGAAUUGCUGAGGAAGACCUCAACCGUGGUCACAAACAGCACUACAAGGGUUUCGUUUUGCUAUGGCUCGCCUGGCAGAGCACCGGCGUGAUAUACGGCGAUAUAGGUACCAGCCCGCUGUACGUCUACAGCUCCACAUUCACAUCUCAACCAUCAUGGGAUGAUUUAGUCGGCGCCUUAUCAAUCAUCAUCUGGUCUCUGACCCUCAUCGUAUCUGUCAAAUACUGCCUCAUCGUUCUCAGAGCCGACGACGACGGUCAAGGCGGCACAUUUGCCCUAUAUUCACUUUUGGCACGCUACGCAAACAUUGUUCCCCGAGACCCAAACAAGUCCAGCGUCAUCCAUCUGUCUCGUCACAAAACCAACGAGCUUCGAUCUGAUAGUAGGACAUUCAGGUCCUUUAUCGAGAAAAGUCGCUUUUCAAAGGGCCUUCUCAAGCUUUUUGGGGUCCUUGGUGUAUCAAUGGUCAUGGCAGAUGGCAUGCUGACCCCGGCUCAAUCGGUCCUCGGCGCCAUUCAAGGUAUCAAGGUUAUACACCCCGACCUAGGCACGAGUACUAUCGUGGGAGUAUCUUGCGCCAUUCUCGUCCUUCUUUUCCUGAUUCAACCAUUUGGCACCUCCAAGGUCGGCACGGCAUUUGCACCCAUCGUCAUCAUCUGGCUCCUUUUCAACUUCUGCAGCGGCAUUUACAACUUGGCCCUUCACGACUACACGGUUCUCAAGGCAUUCAGCCCAUAUUUUGCCUUCCAAUAUUUGAUCAGAAAUGGAGAGGACGGUUGGAGAUCGUUGGGUGGUUUGCUCCCUGCCUUUACGGGCGUUGAAGCACUAUUUGCAGACAUUGGUGCAUUUGGCAAGCGAGCCAUCAACCUCUCCUGGUUCUGUCUUGCGUAUCCAUGCCUCCUCAUCGCCUAUGCCGGCCAGGCAGCGUACAUCUCCACCGACGCGACCGAGACUGCUUAUACGAAUCCAUUCUUCUACACAGUCCCACCCGGAAGCUUUUACUUUUCCAUGGUUAUCGCAAUCCUGGCAGCAAUCGUUGCAAGCCAGGCCAUGAUCACGAGCUCUUUCCAGCUGCUUUCACAAAUCAUGAGAUUGAGCUAUUUCCCCCAUAUCAAGACUGUCCAUACAAGCCAGCGCUUUCACGAGCAGGUGUACAUGCCGCUGGCGAACUGGCUUCUCAUGAUUGGAACGGUCAUAGUCACGGCUGUGUACAACAAUACCACCAGUCUUGGCAAUGCGUAUGGUGUUUGUGUCAUCAUUACCACUUUCAUCACUACCUGCAUGGUCUCAUUCGUUGCCAUUAUCGUUUGGAAAGUCCCAUCACCAAUUGUCAUAUUUGUCUUCUUGGUGUUUGGUGCGCUUGAUGGUGCAUAUAUUUCCUCUGUAUUACUCAAGAUCCCUGAUGGCGCUUGGUUCAGUCUUGUCUUGGCAGUCAUCCUGGGAUCUGUCUUUGUGCUCUGGAGAUGGGGCAAGGAGCGGCAAUGGGCUGCGGAAGGCAAAGAAAGCCUGACUGUCUCGCGCCUGUUCAACUCGUCGGCGUCGCAACUUUCUACCUCGGAAGCUCAUGCCACCAGCCUGUCCGCGGAUUUCGGUGGUGGUGUCGUGACGACGGCACCUGGCCUGGGCAUCUUCUUUGACAAGGUGGGCGCCGGUGACGAUAUCAUACCCAAGGUGUUUACCCAAUUCGUCCGCAAGUUCCACUCGCGCCCGGAAGUCGUGGUAUUCUUCCACCUGCGUACCCUGACCGUUCCUACGGUCCCCAUGGGUGAACGCUUCAUCAUUACGCGGGUUCAUCAGCUUCGAUCCUGCUACCGCAUCACGCUGCGCCACGGAUAUACGGACGAGGUCCUCACCACCGAUCUCCGCCAGGUCAUUGUCGAGCAGCUCAACGAUUUUGUGGUGCGCAUGGGCAAGCAGGCGGGUAGUCAAACAGACCAGUCGGCUUUCAUCCAAGACGAGCUGCGCCGCCUCACCUCGGCCGGACAAUCCGAGUUGAUCUAUGUUCUCGGAAAACAAAUGAUGCGCCCACGCCAAGUCCAGAGCAACUUGGUGCGAAGGUCAAUCCGGCAGGUAUUCUUGGGAAUGUUCCUAUGGCUACGUGAGAACACGAGAGCCAAGCUUGCGGACCUUGAUAUAGAUGCCGACAACCUUGUCGAGGUGGGCUGGGUCAACCACAUCUGA